AUGGCAAGCGACGUCGCGUCCGUCAAGUGUAAGUCAUGCGCCAGGCCUCUCGCGACCGUCACACCCACGGGGCUCACGCCGGUGCUGUCGCCAGAGGAUUUCGGAUGCAGCACAUGCCAACGGUUUAGCGCGCUCUAUGACGCUGUGCAAGCUGCGGAUAGCGAGUGGGCGGCUUUCGAACACAAACGCGAUUCAAUCACAAAAUUUUUUGCGCGGGACAAUCAUAAAAGAGCACAUAUGGAAUUCGAUAAUUGGCUCAAGACGGUCGAGGCGCCCGCGAGAACCCAAACCGGAGAAGACGCACAGCCAGAAGAGGAUGUAUCCGGCGGUGGGAACGAGAAGCCACAGCAUGGUACGGUGCGUACAAGGUCGUAUUCGCCAAACAACCAACCUCCUGUGUCCGCUGGCGAGCUGUCCGAUCCCUGGCUGCAGCAAGAGACGAGGGAGUCGCUUUCGUUCCGCCCAUCCCCCAAGCGAUCGCGCAGCACCAAUUCUGUGCCAGGGCGGAAACGGCUCAAAUUUUCCGACUCUGUCGAGUUCCACGAGACAUACCGUAGUAGCGAGGAGUACCAUCGACCCAGUGACGCAUACGUCAGGGGUCGCAAUGCACCACCAGAGGGAUCGGAGUAUAUGGACACUAGCGGGUCGGGACAGACAUUCCUACGGUUCACGCAAAUGAAAAAGGUCGGCGCAAAGUGGGUGGAGCUGAGCGAGGAUGAUCUUGAGAAAAAACGGAAGAAGAGUCCGGGGGUCGCGACAACACAGCAUGAACUUGAGGCUGUGGAGAUGGUGGAGUCCGAUGAGACAGCCGGAGAUGCAGCCGGUAGGUUGGAACAGAAUCGCGAGGCUCCACCAGAUGCUCGUGCAGCCAGAUUGGCAAGACGGGCCAAGGGAACAUGUAGCAGGGGCCCAGCGCAGACAACCAGCAUGACAAGUGCUCGGAAUCAAGGUAACAAGGCAUCGCGCAAGGAGGAGGAGCCAAUACUCGACGAAGCAUCGACUGGGAUGCGGAAAUUUUCUGCUCCACCAGUCCUAGACUCGUUAACAGCAGCGGUAGAGGAAGCAAGACCCACUGCAGACGAAGACCAAGGCGCGGGAACGGGGUUUGGAGUGGGACGUGAGGACGACAUGCAAAAUGCGAGCAAUGCGACUAUCGAAAAACCAAGUAUUACCACGAUGCGCAAUGACGAAAUGCAAAAGCCUGAGUCGUCGCAUGACAAGCCCCACCUCAACAAUCUGGAUAUGGGGGCAGCGGCGUAUCAAGAUGCGUCUGAUGAGCACGAAGGGAGGCCGGUGGAGUCGACGUUACAAUCUGUGGCCGCACAGAACAAUAUACAGACUGAGCGGACGAGCGAACCGUCAUGCACAGGCUGCGAGGACACGUACAGGACGGGUUGUCUAGACGCAGGAAACGCUGUUGCUGCAAGGCUAACGUGCAGCCCAAGGCUGAAUAGCCUUGAUAGCACUGCACGGUCGUCCAAGAUGACAGACAAAGAUGAAUUCAGCCGUCGAUUGCUAGGCCAUCACGGUGCAUCCGCAAGCCAGGUGAGCGGAGACGUCAGCAACACGACAUGCAACACCAGGCCAGAGGCAUGGCCGGGGAAAUUUACCCCUUCAGAGGAGAUUGAGACUACUCCAAAAACAAGCCAGGCGGCAGCAGAUAUACGAGCAGCCCCAGCAUCCGAAGCAGAGCAGCAUCCGACCGAGGGCACAGGCGUGUUUGCCCAGUCAGCCAAACCCCCUCCUCUCUCUCUGCCCCCCUCCCCCAAAGAGGGUCCCAUGACCCAAUUCCUCGAGGCCUGUCACGACCGAAACCGUUACUGA